CUACUUGCUCCGAGGAAGAAGCGUAGAGCCUGUAAAGCGGCACUGCGGCAUCGCCGUAUCACUACGCCCGGUCCCUUCUCCGGGAUCCUGAAACACGGAUUGGGAGAGGAGAUACCCUAUGGUUCCUUGCGGGAUUAUCUAUCAGCGCAAUUUCUUCUCGUGUUUUUGUCUUUUAAUGACCAUUCGUAUCGGAAGGGCUUCAACUUGUCCGGACGGUCCCCACUUGCAAGGGUUUGCAUUUCUUGGUUUUGCAUGACGUGUCUUGGAGCAAAAAAGAGGCUCGCUUUGUGUCUUAGUGGAAAUUAAAGCCAAGCUGGAACACAGGAGGCAGUGCCAGUCGCUGUUUGUGGGCUGGACUGGAGACAGAGCGUGAGAUCUACUGACAGAGAAGCAGACACAAAAAGAAAAAAAAAGACUACAACGAAGACAGGGACAGAGGGUGUUUUGCAGGAGAAGACUUGGAUAAUAGCGAGUUCAGUGAAGAUAAGGGAGAGGAGGAGUGGAUUCCGAGUUGGGAAGAUGUGGCGCCCUCAACGGGCCACGGCACCAUGGGAGAGCAGCGCGUCCGCUGAACACACAUCUGCUUUGACUUGAACCGACCUCGGAAAUUGAAAGACUUACGGUCCAAUCGGCCAAGUGGUUCUGGUUUUCUUUUCUCACCUCGUCGCUGGGUCUCAUGGAGAGCAGUUUGGGAUCUUUUUCUCGGAACCUAGCCUAGUUUCAACCAACCCCGCCGCGCGCGUUUGUUUCCGGCGGCUUCCGUCUCUGAACGCCCACGGGAGAAGCCUCCCCUCACUGGAUAUACAUAUAACAUGGUCGCCUUGGAUGUAACGCCUUGAUACUCUGCCGUUUGGUUUCGCGACAGUGUGGAGGUAACUGCUCUGGAGUUCUGCUGAGGGUCUUUGGAGUUUUACCAGCGACCCCCCCCCCCCCCCCCCCCUCCCCCUCGCCGGGCCACGCCCCGUCGCCCAGGAAGGCCUUGUUGUUGUUGUUGUUGUUGUUAUUGUUGUUCUCGGCGACUCCCUUCCGAAAGGGACAUGGAGGGCCCUCGCUCCGGCAGCGCCCUGCGCAAAAAGCGGAAGUCGCGGGCGGCGCGCGACAAGGUGCGCGGGCCGGGGCGGAUGCCCAACGGGCACGCCAAGUCGGCGGCGGCGGCGGCGGCCACGGCCACGGCCACGGCCACGGCGGCGGUGUUUGCGAAGGCGGGGGCGACGAUGGUGCGCUUCUCCUCGGAUUCGGAGCGGGAGGGGGGCCUGGGCCCCGCGGUGCCGUCCGCCCGCCCCCGCCCCCCGCCGCGCAGGAAGCGCAAAGAGUCCACCUCGGACGAGGAGGACAUCAUCGACGGCUUCUGCAUCUCGGGGUUCAUCUCGCUGGAAGCGCUGGAGAAGGACGAGAGCGGGAAGCCCCAGGAUCGCACGGAGGAUGACCACAACGACCUUGCGGUUCCCCUGCACAAGAAGAAGGUGGCCAGGGUCCCUAACGGCUUGACCCUGGAUCCCUGUAAGAACAACCACCACCACACUCACCAGUACCACAACCACAACCGCCACAACCACAACCACCUGCCCUCGGACCAGGAGAACAACAACCCCCGCCUGACUCACACGGCGGGCAAGAGGAAGAAGAAACACCGCCACAAGAAACACACCGCGCUGAGACAUGGGCAGAACAACUGCAAGGACAGCGACAGCGGGAGUGUGAGCGGCGAGUCGAAACCGUCCAUCCGGAGCAGCUCCAGGGACAGACUGACAGACGUGAGUAUCCCCCCACCCACACACUGGCUACAAGAAAAGCUUCCUUAA